AUCCCCACAUCCUGCUUUACUAGGUCAAGUCUCUCUUGGACCAGGGCUUGUCUGUCAUUGCUCAAGGCAACCAGCUGGUGCUGUUGGGCGGGAAAGCUCUCCUGGCAAUUGUACUUCAGCGGUACUCAGACCUCUCAGAUCGCUUCUGACCAAGAUGGCCUUGCCUGGGAAUGCCGCCUGCUUCAGCAUCUUCUAACUAUGGGACGAGGUUGUGCCAACGGGUCUGGGGACAGGAGAACAGGGCUAAUCGAGCCAUCCAGGAAACACUGGAGGACUUACCCGGCUUUGGAAGCACUCUUGGAAGCACUGCAACUCGCCCACUCUGGCGGUAAGCACGAUGUUACUUCUGCAACUUCUGCUGGGGCUCUUGGGGUCAGGUGCGUACUUGUUCCUCUCAGGGGAUUGUCAGGAGGUGAGCACUCUCACGGUGAAGUACCAAGUGACAGAGGAAGUGCCACCUGGCACGGUGAUAGGGAGACUGUCCCAGGAGCUGGGCCGGCAUGAGAGGCGUAGGCAGACCCCUGGGGCUGCCUUCCAGGUACUGCAGCUGCCUAAGGUGCUCCCCGUUCAGGUGGACGCGGAGGGGGGCCUGCUCAGCACCGGGCGGCGGCUGGAUCGGGAGCAGCUGUGCCAGCAGCGAGAUCCCUGCCUGGUGUCCUUUGACGUGCUUGCCACGGGGGAUCUGGCUCUCAUCCACGUGGAAAUCCACGUGCUGGAUAUCAAUGACCAUCAGCCGCGGUUUCCCAAAAGCAAACAGGAGCUAGAAAUCUCUGAGAGUGCUUCCCUGCGCACGCGGAUACCCCUGGACAGAGCUCUUGACCCAGACACUGGCCCAAAUGCCCUCCACUCCUAUUCCCUGUCUCCCAGCGAUCACUUUGCCCUUGAUGUCAUUGUGGGCCCGGAUGAGACAAAGCAUGCAGAACUGUUGGUGGUGAAGGAGCUGGACCGGGAGGUCCACUCAUUCUUUGACCUGGUGUUGACUGCCUAUGACAAUGGAAACCCUCCCAAGUCAGGUACCAGCUUGGUCAAGGUCAAUGUCCUCGAUUCCAAUGACAACAGUCCUGUCUUUGCUGAGAGUUCCUUGGCACUAGAAAUCCAGGAAGAUGCUGCCCCUGGUACCCUCCUCCUAAACCUAACAGCCACGGACCCUGACCAAGGCCCCAAUGGAGAAGUGGAGUUCUUCUUCAGCAAGCAUGUGCCCCCAGAGGUGCUACGUACCUUCAGUGUAGAUGCCAAGACUGGCCAGGUCAUUCUGCGCCAACCCUUAGACUAUGAGAAGAACCCUGCCUAUGAGGUAGACGUCCAGGCCAGGGACCUGGGUCCCAAUCCCAUCCCCGCCCACUGCAAAGUCCUAAUCAAAGUGCUGGACGUCAAUGACAAUGUCCCAAGCGUCCACAUCACAUGGGCCUCCCAGCCGUCGCUGGUGUCGGAAGCUCUUCCCAAGGACAGCUUCAUUGCGCUCGUCUCGGUGGAUGACUUAGACUCAGGAAGCAACGGUCUGGUCCAUUGUUGGCUGAGUGAGGAUUUGGGCCACUUCCGGCUGAAAAGGACUAAUGGCAACAUCUACAUGCUGCUAACCAAUGCCACCCUAGACAGGGAGCAGUGGCCCGAAUAUACCCUCACCUUGCUAGCCCAAGACCAAGGUGCCCAGCCCCUGUCAGCCAAGAAACAGCUCACCAUCCAGAUCAGCGAUGUCAACGACAACGCACCUGUGUUUGAAAAGAGCCGGUAUGAGGUCUCCACCCAGGAAAACAAUCCGCCCUCUCUCCACCUCAUCACCAUCCAGGCUCGUGACGCAGACUUGGGCACCAAUGGGAAAGUGUCCUACCGCAUCCAGGACUCUCCAGUGUCUCACUUCAUCGCGAUCGACUCUGACACGGGAGAGGUCACGGCGCAGAAGUCACUGGACUAUGAAGAAAUGGCCAACUUUGAGUUCUGGGUCAUAGCCGAGGAUGGGGGGCAGCCCCGGCUUGCCUCCAGCAUCUCCGUGUGGGUCAGCCUCUUGGAUGCCAAUGAUAACGCCCCCGAGGUGAUUCAGCCCACGCUCAGCCGCGGGAAGGCCACCCUCUCUGUGCUUGUGAAUGCCUCCACCGGUCACCUCCUGGUGCCCAUGGAGAGUCCCGCUGCUGCGGGCCCAGGAGGGGCUGGGACACUAUCACCGGCCGCACGCAGCCCUCAGCCCUUCCUUUUGGUGACGGUGGUUGCAAGAGAUGCAGACUCGGGAGCAAACGGGAAGCUCCUGUACCACAUUCACGGCGGGAACGAAGGCCAUCUCUUUGUCCUCAGCCCUGAGCUGGGACAGCUGUUCAUCAAUGUCACCAACGCCAGCAGCCUCGUUGGGAGUGAGAGGGAGCUGGAGAUCGUUGUGAAGGACCAGGGAAGCCCCCCCUUGCAGACUCGAGCCUUGUUACGCGUCCUGUUCGUCACCAGUGCGGACCACCUGAGAGACGCCGCCCAUGAGCCUGGGGUCCUGAGCACAUCCGUGCUGACCGUGAUUUGCCUGGCGGUCCUGCUGGCCAUCUUUGGGUUGCCCUUAGCUCUCUUCAUGUUCAUCUGCCGGACGGAGAAGAAAGACAACAGGGCCUACAACUGUCGGGAAGCGGAGUCCACCUACUGCCACCAGCCCAAGAGGCCCCAGAAACACAUUCAGAAGGCGGAUAUCCAUCUGGUGCCUGUGCUCAGGGAGCAGGUGAAUGAGGCUGAGCAAGUUGGGCAGUGCCACAGAGCCGCAGGCAAGGAAGCGAUGACGGAAGCCGGCUGGGAUCCCUGCCUGCAGGCGCCCUUCCACCUCACACCUACCCUGUACAGGACCCUGCGUAACCAAGGCAACCAGGGAGCACAGGCCGAGAGCCAAGAGGUGCUGCCGGACACCGUCAACCUCCUCUUCAAUCAUCCCAGGCAGAGGAACGCCUCCCGGGAGAACCUGAGCCUCCCCGAGUCCCCACCUGCCCUAGGCCAGCCCCGCGCGAGGCCCCCCAAGGUUCCUGGCAGCCCCGCGGGGAGGCGGGCCGGAGACCAGAGCUUCCAGGGGGCCUCCCUGAGCCCGCCAGCGUCUUCCGCAACCCUGAGGCGGCAACGGAAUCUCCAUGGCCCAGCGUCCCCUGAGCAAGAAUCCGGCCCCCACCAGAUCCUGAGGAGCCUGGUCCGACUGUCGGUGGCUGCCUUCGCGGAGCGAAACCCUGUGGAGGAGCUCGCCGUGGAUUCUCCACCUGUUCAGCAAAUCUCCCAGCUGCUGUCCUUGCUGCAUCAGGGCCAAUUCCAGCCCAGACCGAACCACCGGGGAAAUAAGUACCCGGCCAAGCCAGCCUGCAGGAGUGCCGUCCCUGACGCGGACGGGGCAGGUGCCAAGCCUGGCGGCCAGGUGGAACCAGACCAGGAGGAAGGGCCCUUAGACCCGGAAGAAGACCUCUCUGUGAAGCGGUUGCUAGAAGAGGAGCUGUCCAGCCUGCUGGACCCACACACAGGCCUGGCCCUGGAGAGGCUGAGCGCCCCGGACCCGGCCUGGAUGGCCAGGCUGUCCUUGCCCCUCACCACCAACUACCGGGAUAACCUGUGCCCCCCGGACGCCGAGGCCGCGGAGGAGCCGCGCACCUUCCAGACGUUCGGCAAGGGUCCCGGGCCGGAGCUGAGCGCGGCGGGCACGCGGCUGGCCAGCACCUUCCUGUCGGAGAUGAGCUCGCUGCUGGAGCUGCUGCGGGCGCAGCGCCCGGGCGCGGCCGUGCCCGUGGAGGCAGCCUCCGAGGCCCUGCGCAGGCUCUCCGCCUGCGGCCGCACCCUCAGCCUCGACCUGGCCACCGGCGGGGGCCCGCCCGGGGACCCCUGAGCAGGCUCACCCCGUCACCU